CAAACAGCUGAGACUUUCCAACAAACGUUGAAAAUACCAAAGUCGUUUAACGAAAAAGUUAUUUUGGUAAUCCAAGUUAUACGUUCAUUUAACUUUGGAUUUCUGAACAUCUCGUACUGAUCUUUUGUCUUUUUGUUGAUUACAGGAUACUGAUUCCCUUUCUUCAUCUAAUACCAAUAAUACCCAUUAAUCGUUUGAACUAAUAUUUAUUUGGGAUAGCGAAAAUGCAGCGUUCCUAUUCUUUAAGAAAUGCGCGUGCCCCUACGGCAUCUCAGUUGGUGAACCCACCUCCUCCUGUCUCUAGUGCUCGUAGUGGCCGUUCUUUUGCUCCUUUCCGUCAUUCCAUGCGUAUUCACCAAGCCGUGAACUUUUCCCCCGACUUGGCUAAGCGUUUAGCUGUUUUGGUGAAGAUGGAGAAGAAUAUCAUGACCAGCAUGGUCCAAGUCACUCGUGGUCGUCGUGAUGCAGCUCGUCAGUUGUCUUACUGGGGUGAAGACUGUGACGACGACAUCAGUGACGUUACUGACAAGCUUGGUGUAUUGUUUUACGAGGUUGCCGAGUUGGAGAACUACUUGAUCGAUCGUCACGACCAAUACCGUGUUACCUUGAAGUCCAUUCGUAAUAUCGAGGCUUCUGUUCAACCUUCUCGUGAGAAGAAGCAAAAGCUUUUGGACCAAAUCUACAUGCUCAAGCAUAAGGACCCUGAAUCUCCCAGAUUGGUUACAAUGGAACAAGAGCUUGUUCGUGAGGAAGCUGCUUGCUUGGUAGCCGAAGCACAGCUUUCCAACACCACUCGUGAGAAGUUCAAGCAAGCCAUGGUUUACAAUUUGGAUGCUCUUCACGAGCAUGCCGAGAAGCUUGGCUUGAUUUCCACUUAUGGUCGUCACCUCUUGAACUUGAUCGAUGAUACCCCCGUUACUCCUGGUGAGGCCCGUCCUGCUUAUGAUGGUUAUGAGACUUCUCGCCAAAUUGUUAUGGAUGCUGAGCAAUCUCUUAGCAACUGGGUCCCUAGUAACCAAGCUCCAGUAAACUUUGCCAAGCCUCAGCAAGACGAAGAUCUCCAAAGUGAUACUCGUUCCUGGAAUGAAUACGAGGCUCAAGGUGAGCCCAUGCCCGUUCAACAAAUGACUCAAUUCAACACUGCUCAACUGAACGAUACUCAUUCUGAUACUAGUGAAAUGGCCGAGAACGAUCCUAACGUUCAUCCCCAUGUCCGUGAAGAACGUAUCGCUCGUAUUGACCCCGAUGCUACUGAUGGCCCCGCCACUUUGCAAUCAACUGAUCAACAACCUGCUGUGCAAGUUGCUUAAACAAGCAACAAGAAGGCUGUUUCAAAGAACAAUGAAGACCAUCAUGGUCAUGUUUUAAGUCAAGUAUGGAAUUAGUUCCUCUGCUGUUUCUAAUCCGGUGUGAAUUGCUCAAGUUUAUUCUCGUAAUGGUAGGGAGAACAAAUUCCUGAUAAUGGAUCAUUAAUUAUUACUUAAGCAUGCUUACGUUGCAUCAGAUUUUGUCGAUGGAGUAUUUUAGUUGGUUGCGCGAACAUAGUUAAUACUUAAUAAUUACUAGUGUACGUGUCAACGUUCUUUUAAAAUACAUGAUGUUAUCUUUUGAGGACGAUUUGAUUCGUUACUAGAUGGGAAACUUAUUUGAUUUUGCUCAAUCCAUCUCAACUCGUAAAACUUUUUGGCAGCAUGGAGGGCUAGCUAGCUAUUUAAUAUUUAAAUUAUUAGUUGAAAAAGAAGGAAACUUAGAAUGCAGUAAAGACAGAUUGUAGAAGUGUGAACGGAAGGAAAGGAUUUACAAUGCUAAAUGAGAACUGUAGAAGUAUUGAUG